AUGAUUGCGAUUCUCGGAGGAAAUAUUCAAUUUAUCAAAGAUUUUUCAAAUAAUCCAAAAAUUAAUCCAAAUUUUGUUUCAAAUGAAAGCGAUACAAUAUUACAUUAUGCUGUUAGAUCAGGAAACAUUGAUGUAUUCAACUAUAUUGUUCAACGAUAUAAUCCAGAUAAAAACACGAAAAACAAAAAUGGAUUUACACCUCUUAAUAAUGCACAAAUGUAUGGAUUCGAAAAUAUUAUCAAUAAAUUCCCUUCAUCAAUGAUUCAAGAGAAAGAUGUAAAUGGAAACACAAUAUUACAUUAUGCUGCAAUGGGAGGAAAUCGCGAUUAUUUCAAGAAGGUUCUUCAAAAAUAUUAUUCUAAAUUCAAUGAUUUAAACAACAACAAAGAAAACUGUUUUCAAGUUUCAAUCAGAUUUAUUCAACCACAAAUAGCAAUUUAUAUUAUGAAUUCACACACAGUUAACUACAAUCAACAAGAUAAUGAUGGAAAUAACGUUGUUAAAGAAGCAUUAAGAAUGGAUAUUCCGCAACAUAUCCGGAUAUCCUCGUGA